GGGAGCGGGGCAUUUAGCACCGGGAAAGCCCCGAAGGGGAGGCGCCGCAGGGCUGCGCUCCCGCGCAGCGGGCUCCUCACGAGCCGCCGGGGCAGAAGCGGAAGGCGCAGCAAGGCUGCGAAACCUCACGGAGACAGAUCGGACCGGGGCAGGCGAGGGCUGGAAAGGCCACCCUUGCCUGCUAUAGCCGGGCCUCGGCUCAGCCAGCCACACUCGCUCAAGGCGUGGGCCCAGCUACCCACCCCGGGCCGGGCGCACCACCUCCACGCCUUCGCUCACAGCGGAGCCGCAGCGGGGGGAAGGCUGUCGCCGUUGCCUCUGCCGCUUCCUGCCGACCGCCGCUUCCGGGGCGGCUCUGUCAGGGUAGCGGCAGCGGCAUGGCGGGGAAACGCCGCGGCGAGCCCGCGGCCGGCCCGCUGGCGGCCAAGCGAGCCCGUCCCGAGAAGGCAGAGUUCAACGGCGUCCACUUCAAGGCACUGCUGCGGGACCCCACCACCACCAGGAGAGGUCUGGAGACCUUCGUCUCGGUUGCUAAGAAGCUGCCGUCAUCUGAAAUCUAUGAUGUCGUGGAGGGAUACAUAAAAAUUUCCAUGGAGUGUGCUGAGAUAUUUAAACUUAUGGACGGAGAAAGGAAACCUGAAUAUGAUAUGCUGUUAAUCUUUCAAGCUCUAGAAGCCAUUCUGCUGAGGACAGCCAGUGACCUCUCCCAUUUUUCUGUUGUGGGAAUGAACAUAGUAAAAAAGUUGAUUCAUUCUUACAUGAAAUUGGUCUAUGCUGCUUUGUAUUCUGAAAAUCAGAAGAUGAGCCAAGUUUGCUUUACCUUGUUGUCAGCAAUGGUGGCUCAGGGGCCAGAUUCAGCAAGGGAUGUCUUUAGCCAUUUUGAUUUCAAUAACAAAUUUCUGCCUGGAUUACUGAAAAAAAGAUCUAAGAAGGAGAAAACUGAUGUCCGUAUGGCCUACAUUCAGUUUGCUCUUUCCUUUUUAAUUGCUGGAGACAAUGCAGUCUUGACACAGGUGCUGGAACUGCAAGGUUUCAUUCAAGGUAUUCUUCGCUCUGGAAUAAAUGAAGAUAGAGUUUCUACUAUCAAUCUUAUACUUUCCACACUGAGAACUAAGGUGGUUCAAAAUAAAAACGUCACCAAAACCCAGAAGGUGCGCUUCUUCACUGCAGAAGUCUUGAUUCACAUUGCUUCACUUUACCAGUGGAAUGGGAUUACUGAUGUCAGCCCUGAAGAGUUAAAGGUGAUUCGAGGUUCUAGAGAGGUGGGAAAGGUGAUGGUACGGGAACUUGUUCAUAAUUUCUUAAUGAAGCUCUGUUGCUCUCUGAAACAUGGCAUACCUUUCAAUGACCCAAGUCUUGGAACUUCUGGCAGGGGAGGGAAUAUCGUACUUCUGCGCUUUCUGGUUGCAUUAAAAAAUGCAGCAGAAGAUGAAAUGGUUGCUGAUCUCGUGGUGAAUGUUCUUAAAGUAUGCCCAGACUUACUGAAUAGAUACUUUAAGGAGAGCCAGCAUUCCUUUCUUCCUAGAGUCAAGUCUACUUGGUUAGACAAUAUGAAGUUACUUAAAAAGAUCUAUGAGGCUCAACCAGAGAUCUCCAACUCUUUUAAGACUCAGGAGUUUAUUCCUCUUCCCAGGCUGCUUUCUAUGGUGAUGGUAACAACAGCCCCUGCAGUGUGCAAUAAAACAAUGUUCACCCAAGGACUAAAUGUGCCCAGCAAAGUAGUGAAGCACAGCAUAUUGUCACUUGUGUCAAUGAUUCUGAGAAGAGCCUUGAAGAAUAUUGAGUAUUGUUUGAAUGAAGAAACUUGGCAAAAGUCAGAAAUCUACACACUGGCAAUGAUGCAGGAAUUUGUACAGCUGUACCAAGAAGCCAUCAGCAAGCUUGUACCAGACAUGACCACUGUAGUGUUUGUCUGGCAGUACCUUCUGAAACCACCUUCUAAACAACACAAAUGCAAUGAGAAGAAAAGCCAAAGUGGUAUCUCCACUGUGCAGGAGGUGACUGAGGCAGCAGAAGUUACUGAACAGCAUGGUUCAGAUGAUGCUGAGACUCUGUUUCUGAAAGCUGCCCUGCUUCAGGUCAUAUGCCUUUAUCAGAAGGUUGUGCCCCACUUAGUAUCACGGAGCACCUUUGAUUUUAGCAAGCUGAUAAAAGGUAUUGUCACUGAAAAGGGCUUCCGAGGUGAGGUCCCUCCUGUCCUACAGCACCAUAUACUGAAAGUGGCUUUGGAACUUCCUGCAAAUAAAUUUUCCUGGUUCAAAGUGCAGGGUGUCUCUGAGACACAGAAAGUAUCUGCUGAAAAAUCUGUAUUCUAUUUACUGAUGAAAAUGUUUGUUACAAGUAACCAUUCUCAUCUGAAAAUUUCAACCAAAAAACUGAUUAUCAAGGUUUUACGUGACAGUGGAGUGUUUGAGUACACGUGGAAGGAACUUUCAGUUUGGCUGGAACACUUGGAUAAUACAAAAGAAGACAAAAAGGAAGCAGUGAUUCAGUUUUUGGAAAGGAUCCUGUUGAAACUGGUGACAAACCCCUAUUCCUAUACAGAUAAAGCAGCAGACCUUGUUCAGGAAGCCAGUAUGCUUCAAGUGAAUAUGUUUAAACAAGACUCUGAUAACGUCAGCAUCCCCAUCUCUCACAUUGAUGAUGUCCUGGAUAUGGUGGAUGUCCUCAUAGAGGGCAGUGAUGGAUUAGAUGAAGAAAUAGGCUUCACUUUAAAUGAAGACCUGAUUAUCCAAACAUUUCCGUUCAGUGCUGUCGUACCUGCUGCAUUAGAAGCCAGAAAUAACCUGUUGCUUCAGACUGAAAAUGGAACAGAAGUACACAUUGUAGAGUAUCUCACUGCUGUUUUCACUGACCUCCUGCACUCUCAGAGAGAUCCGCUUGCCCUCUGCUUGAUGUUCCAGCUCUAUGAUAAAGAUCUGCAGUCCUUGGAAAUCUCUAAGUAUCCUCAGCUCUACCAGUUUAACCAGUACUAUAAACUUUGGAUACCUCAGCAGUCUCAGGAACCUGUGUUUGAACAACUUGAAGAGGAAUGCAAAGAGCCACCUGUGGCCCUGGAUUCUGUAUUUACCACUUUGCUAAAGAAAGCCUAUGAGAGAGGAAGCAAUACCUUGCUGGAAGACAAUAUCCAAACAAAACUGAGAGAUCUGGCUUCCCAGCUCCCACCGGAACAUCUUUUGUUAGGAGUAAAGCAUGUGCUGCUCUACCUGAAAUCCACGGUGGAGAACUUUGGCAGUCUUAGCAAAACCUUUGGGCCUCGCCUUGUUGACUUCUAUGCGGACCUGCUGAGCAGCUUGCUGUGCCGAGGAAAUCAGAUAGAGUUGGAUAAUCAGCAGAAACGAGAAGAGCAUCAGGCUGAAUCAGAUCUCUUUAUGGAUGAGGAAUCUCUGAUUAUAGAGGAGUCUUCAGAUGACAAGACACUGGAAGACACACUCCUGUUGAUUUUCAGACAUCCUACCCUGGAGAGUUGGUUCCUGGCUUUAGAACAGCGUUCUCUCCCUCAGCACCAUUUAAACCCAGUCACUGUGAAGCUUCUGUCAGCCCACCUCAAUUCUGGUGUGCUCCAGCUGUUGAAAAAGGGUGCCCCAAUAUUGCAGAGUGUGAAUCAGAAAUGUGUGUUAUCAAAGUACUUUGAGGCUGUCACAAAAAGUGUCUUGAAAGAGCUAGAGGCUGCAAGGAAAGACACAAGCCGGGUUUCUCCCAAGAAGUCUUACCAGCUGGAGGCUGUGGAGGAGUUGCUCAUGUACAUGCCUGCAGAUCAACUGAAGGAGAUCACUUUAACCAUGCUGCGACUUCCUGAGAUGAGCUUGACUGUGCAGAAACCUGAAACGUCCCCUAACAAAGGGAAGGAAUUAAGCUUGUAUGGACAGAUUUUGGUGCAGCUCCUCACAGAGAGCUACCAGAGGCAGCCCCAGGGAGGGGAACUGCUGCUGUCCUCAGAGCACAUGAAAGCCUUGGGGAUACUGAUGUCAGCAUCAGCUAGCAAAGAUUUGGAGAAAGUUUUCCUUCAGGCUCUUCAAAGUGAGCCAGUCCUUGCAUACACAGUCAGCAUAGAUGUGCAUGUUUACUGCCUUAACCAGAGGUCAGAAACCUCCCUUGCCAUUGUGGGCAUGCUGAUAAAACACUGUAGAACUCACCUACUGCAGUUUGAGCUGUGGUGUCUGAGCAGAACCAUGGGAAAGUACCUUAAGAAGAACAUGGACAGCUUUCUUCCUCUCAUUAAUCUGUAUCUGCAGUGCAGAGACCAGUAUGAUUUUACCCGACCUGCCGCAGUUGUCUCAGCUGUUAUACCUGUCUUGAGGAAAGCUCUGUGGAAGGACCUCUGUGGUGUUUUUCAAGAGACAGAAGCCUCACAUGAGACCACUGUGAAACUGCAAGUUCUUUCAAAGUUGUUGCCAUCUCCAGGAAGCCAAAGACUGCAAAACCUUAUUGAUCAGCUCCUUGCUGUUCUUGAGAAAGCAGAAAAUAAUGAGAGUUGGGCAGUUGCAGAUGCCAUAUCUAGAGUGCUUGAAAACUCUGAAGAGUUGCAUUCCUGGAGGAAACGCCUGUUAUCAGCCUGCAUGAAGGGCUUAAUUGUCACAUACAGCAGCAGUAAAGAUGAAAGCAAGCAAGAAGUGGAGAGGGCCAUGCUGCUGCGGCUAGAGGAAUUACUGCGUGUUGUUGAAGAAGUGGAUCCAGAGGACUGGUACAGCUUUAUGAAGACAGGACUCAAGUACCGCUACAGAGAUGAAGCAUUUUUGAAUGUCCUGAACGUUGCUGUUCAGUUGUUAUACAAGGAAGACUCACAGCUUAGUCAGAGCUUAGUCAAGCUCUCCAAACUUCACAUGAUGGUCACGCAGCACUCUCUAUUUUUGUCAGCCAUACUGAGGUCAAGGGAAGAAGAUGGCACGAACAUCCAGACAAGAGAGGCACUGGUGGAUAUACUCUUGACAGUUGUGAAACUCAGCCCUUCUCUCUGUGAGAGCAGUCACCUUGCCGUGUUGCUGGGGGCCUAUGGGGCUACACUGAGUCCUGCAGAUCAGAAGAUACUGCUGUUGCUUCAGUUAUAUGAGAAGAAUAAUCAAAGUCUGAUAAAUUCCAGAAUCCUCCUAUGGGGUCCAGCCGCUGUGGAGCAUCACAAGACUUGCAAGAGUCUGGGGAAGUCACUAUGGCAGCAGCCAAGCAUGGAGGAGAUUCUGUGUCUGCUAGAUCAAGAAAAGAUGAUGAAGACAAUUCUGUCUUUCCCUCAGCAUCGCCGUCUCCUGUCAUCACAGGAUUCUUUUGAUGAGGUGCAAAAGUCACUGUACAGAGAUGAAAGUGUCAACAGUCUUGAUGACUUCUAUGAUCCUUGUUUUCUACUUCAACUCUUUUGUGAACUGACCAGACCAGAGUGUGUAGUGGCAUGUCACAAGUUUGUUGAAGUUAAUGCCCUGGGUCUAACAGUAGCUGCCCUCAGCAGCUAUGAUUCCAACAUGAGAGCAGCUGCGUACUUUGUCCUGGCUUCCUUUCGUUCUCAUCUGGAAGGAGCUCGCUUUCGAGAGAAGAAUCAGUUGCUGUAUCUCUUGGAUUCUGUGCAAAAUGGCAUUGAGCUGCCAAACCUCAGAUUUACCUUCUCUUUGAGCCUUUACAUUGCUCGUGUGGCACAGCAGAUUCUGAAGCCAGAGGACCACAUGUAUAUAAAAGUAAACAGGUUCCUUCUAUCACACCAGUAUUUGGACCUGAAGAAAGUACCAGGGUUUUUCCAGCUUUUCUACAGUUUUGAAUUUGAGUCCAGUACAGAACGUGAGUGGAUUCUCAGAUUUCUUGGAGAAGGGCUGCGUGAUAAAUACUGCUACAAUCUUUAUAACUACCAGAAGAUUUUCCAGAUCAUUCUUUCUUUUUUCAGCAGUCCUCUGUGUGAUGAGAGCUCCCAGAGUCAUAUUCUGGAUAUAUUGCAAAAUGCUGCCCAUGUCACCAGUGCUGCCUAUGAACUGAUACAAGAUCAGAGCCUCCUAACCUGGAUAGUGCAUACCUUAGAAAACAGGCUUCUGGAAAACAAGCUGUUGAAUAAAAUAGUUUCCUUACUACAUACUCUCUGGCUAACAAAUUCAGGAAGCAAGAAGAAAAGCAAGAAUCAGUCCAAGGAGAACAGGAAGUUUCUUCCAGUUCAGAUUGUGAAUGAAUUUCUCUAUGUUUUGAUCACAUUAAUCAAAUAUAUUCGGACUAAUUUAGGUGCAGCUGCACUGACUCAGUUUUUCAGUACCUUCAGUUCUGUGCUGGAAUAUCGUGCUACAGUUGUGGAGGCCUUCAAGGAAAUGGGUCGUUUCACUGUGAAUGACGGCCUUCUCUCCAACAAAGAGAUCCUGCUGCUGCUGCAUAAGUGGAGCAUCAUCGAAAAAGACCUGCAACUGCAGGAGGAUCUGCAGGCUCUUGCUCAGAAAUACCAAGUCAAAGAUUUGCUUAAAAAUAUUAAAGAAAAGAAGAAAUCUCAAGUGUCCUCUCGUGCAUAUCAUCAUCUUCGGAAGAAGAAGGAGGCGGAAAGUGAAGACAACAUUGCUGCAGACCUCCAAGUCUCUGAGCUGGAGAAAUGCAGAGAUCACCUGAAUUCCAUAUUUACCUACUGGGAGCCUGUUUUCCCAGUGGUGCCUACCAAACAUGAAGGGGAGCCCCUCCAAUCUGCUGAUGUUGAAGGUGAAACAGUCAGUCUUACCUGUGCAUCCACACACAUGGUAACGAAGUGGCUAAUAAGGUCCAUGGUUGAGCACAGCCUCAAUGCGCGGAAUGUUUCACUAACUCUGCGGUGGCUGCAGAACUGCAUCUUGCCACAUGCAGUGGCAGUGCAGGAGAUCCUCAGGGAUGUGAUACUGAGAAACAACAUCUUCAAGUUUUACACCCAGAUCUGUGAGGCCAGCGGUGGGAUGGCUGGACUCAUUCAAGACCUCUGUGUGUUCAGUUCAAUUAUGCUUCAUCUAAUGGAUGCUCAGGGCCUGACCAGCAACAAUUUUCAUGGACUUGUGAAAACAUUGUGUCUGUCAGCAAUGACAGAAGAGGAUGCAAACAAGAAAGCUGCUUGUGUGUUCCUGACUUCUGUUUACAUUGGGGACAUAUGGCUUGGAGCACAGGAGCCAGCUAUGUUAAUAACCCAUGUCAAAUUGAUCUGCAGCAGUACAGAUAAUAAUUUGAAUGAUGAUGACUUGGAAACUCAUCAGCAAAGAGAAGAAGUGAUUAUGCCUCUUUGCAGACCCCUUUACUUGGCUACACUGGGGCAUUAAUUCAAUGAACUGACACUUAAUCUUUAAUGCUAUGUGCUCUGCCACCGUUGCUGUGAGCUAUGGAACCCUCCUGAACUGUUCUCCGUGCAGACUUAACUUGUUUUGUUGUAACGAUCAAUAUUUUAUUACUGAGUGCAAACUCACAGGGGGAAAAUUGUAUUCAUCAUCUCUCAGUGGAACAUUAAAGCUAUCAUUUCCCUUUUCUCAAACAGUAUGGGACCCAGUGUUAUUUAUAUCAUUUUUAUUACAGGGGUUUUUAACUUCACGAAGAACCAAAAGGACUGAUUUAGUGCAUUGCCUCUGGACUGUAGUCGCUGUGUACUUAAAAUCCAUCCUCUCCCCAGUGUAAGAUGGGGAAUCAAGGCUGGGACUUCACCACAAUGUGGCAUAAGUGCAAAAAAACCAAGUAGUCAGAGGUUUAGCCACCCUGAUUUAUGCUAUUUCUUGAAGGACUGCGUUUCUUUCAUGAUACAUGAUACCAAAGCCAGUAUGAAUAGAAGACCAAACACUGGAAACAUGAUGGUCUGGGAUUCUGCUUGUUAUAAAGUUAAAAGGCUUUUGAAGGCAUUUAUAUUGGAGCUGGUCUGGUUUUCUUCUCUUUCCUGUUUGAUUUGGGGUGGUUUUUUCAUUAUAAAAAGCCCUGACCAUUGCUGCUCCUGGGACUCACAACAAAGGCCCAUCUUGCUUCCACGCUGAAAAGAUGAGAGAUGGGACUAAAACCCAAAUGACAUGCUGCUGGUUGAUAAUACAUGGUUUUUAUUGGAAAUUCUCUGUGAAAUCUGAUAAAUAUUUCUUGAAUGUAGCCUCAGGGGCAGUUUGAUGUACCGUGCCAAAUAUGCAAACAGGCAGAGCCUGACUUUGAGCCUUUUGAAAUGUAAACCAGGAUUUAUUAAACUGAUUGAAUCAUGAAUAUGUGCUGUGCCUAGGUACUUUGCACAAAUUCUGUACAGGGAGAAGACCAGCAGUGCACACUCCUUGUGAUGUUUAUUUAAUUUGUUUGGGUUUGUUUUUUAAAUUAAACAUGAGAUGCAAA